AUGGGCAGCGGCGGAGCCCGGGGCUGCGCUCUGCUCCACCUCAACGAGGACAACGGGCGCUUGGUGCUGCUCGCUCUGCUCAUCGUGGCUUACCUGCUGUGCGGCGCCGCCGUCUUCUCCGCCAUCGAGCGGCCGGCCGAGCUGGAGGCGAGGAGCAGGUGGAACCGCACGCUGCACAACUUCGCCGACAAGUUCCACAUCGCCGGCGGCGAGCUGAGCGCCUUCCUGCGGGACUACGAGGUGGCCGUCGCGACGGGCAUCCACUCCGACAGCCUGAGACCCAGGUGGGACUUCACCGGAGCCUUUUACUUCGUGGGCACCGUGGUGUCCACCAUCGGUUUUGGCAUGACAACUCCAGCGACAGUGACUGGGAAAGUGUUUCUGAUAUUUUACGGCCUUCUUGGAUGCGCAGGGACUAUUCUGUUCUUCAACCUCUUUCUCGAGCGCACCAUCACGCUGCUAGCUUUCAUCAUGAAGGCGUGUUACCAGAGGCAGCUGCAGAACAAGGGCCUGCUGCCUCCCAUCAUUGGCCGCCAGUCUGCCCUCAUGGACGCGGCCAGCCUGGCGGGAUGGAAGCCGUCUGUGUACUACAUCAUGCUGAUCCUGGCCAUUGCCGCUGUGGUGAUAUCCUGCUGUGCUUCCGCCAUGUACACGCCAGUGGAAGGGUGGAACUACACCGACUCACUGUACUUCUGCUUCGUCACCUUCAGUACUAUUGGCUUUGGGGAUCUCGUCAGCAGCCAGAACGCGGCCUACACUAAUCAGGGAUUGUACAGAUUUGGUAAUUUUGUAUUCAUACUCUUGGGGGUGUGCUGCAUCUACUCGCUCUUCAAUGUUAUCUCCAUCGUGAUCAAACAGUUCCUCAACUGGUUGAUGAAGAAGCUGGAGUGCGGUUGCUGCCCGAGAUGUCGGAGGGGGAAGAUGCGCACUGGACGUCGUAACGCCAUCACGCCGGGGCAGUCCCGCAUCCGCAGGAACCACGUCCUGGUGGAGGAGGACGAGCCGUGCGACAGUGACACCGAGGGAAGGAGGCUCUCUGGGGAGAUGAUCUCCAUGAGGGACUUGACUGCCUCCAACAAGGUGUCCCUUGCCAUCCUGCAGAAGCAACUGUCAGAAACUGCCAACGGCUACCCCAGGAGAGUGUGCAUCAACACAAGGCAGAACGGCUUCUCGGGAGGGGUGGGAGCUUUGGCCAUCAUGAAUAACAGGUUAGCGGAGACCAGUGAGACAAGGUGAUAAGUACAAGGCCUCACCAGCAAUCAGGGUGGUCUGAUUUCAUUCAGCAAAUGCAUCGACGGGCAACUCAUGCCGGUGUCUUCUACAGCACAGCUCCAUGACACUGUGAGAGUGUCGCUGCAUCUCACUCCACAUACACUGCAUCCUCUGAGGCUACGUCAGAGUUUUUUCUCCCAAUGCAGGAGGUAUAAUCUCUUCCCACAUGCCAUUUUGUUGCCUGCAGUAUUUCCUCGAAGGAUUAAAUGUCUCC